GUGUCCAGUCCGCCACGUUCGCCCGUCUGUGUUUGUUUGUUUGUUUGUUUGUUUGUGUGCUCGGCAACAAACAACCGGACAAGGCCGCGCACGUGGAUCGACGCGCGGUCGAUGCGCUCAUGUGCGCGCGCACAGGCUGCAGGAGCGGAGUUCCCGACUUUUUCUCUUCACUUUUUUUCCCCAUUUUUUCCGAGCAAGCUCCACCGUGCGCGUGCGCUCGUGCGCAGGGAACUCAUGAAACAAAGAGGUCUUCUGCCCUCAUCCAUCCGUCCAUCAUCCAUCCGUCAUCCAGCCGUCGUCGGGAAUUUCAUGAACUUUUGUCUGGGAAUCUAACUACCGACACAUGCGUGAGGCUGCGCGGACGCGCGGCACAUGCACGCAGCCCGGAUUCCUCCAGGAUUAAAGGCAGGAUCAGGAAGAAUGGAUCCGUUCUUCACUGAGGGUGAGAGGGUGUGGCUAAAGGAAGAUGAGCAGCACCUGCCCAGCACCGUGUCCUCCUGCUCCGGAGGGGUCGUCGUCUUCACCACAGACUAUGGUCAGGUGUACACGUACAAACAGAACGCACUCAGCAGGCAGAAGGUGGCGCCCAUGCACGUCAGCAGCAUCUCUGGGGUGGAGGACAUGUCUUCGCUGGAGGAUUUGCACGACGGCGCCAUCAUGUACAACCUUUACCUGCGCUACCAGCACAGACUCAUCUACACAUACAUCGGUUCCAUCCUGGCCGCAGUGAACCCAUACCAGAACCUUCCGGGCUUGUACGAUCGCGCAGCUGUGGAUCGCUACAGUCGACACUACCUGGGUGAAAUCUCUCCGCACAUCUACGCCGUGGCUAACGAGUGCUAUCGAUCUCUGUGGAAGAGACUCCAGAACCAGUGUGUCCUCAUCAGUGGAGAAAGUGGAGCAGGGAAAACGGAGAGCACCAAACUGAUUCUGACCUUCUUGUCGGCCAUGAGUCAGCGCUCGCUGGAUUCUCCUGGCGCCUCCUCCACCGGGUCGACCUCACGCGUGGAGGAGGCGCUGCUCGAGAGCAGUCCCAUCAUGGAGGCCUUCGGGAACGCCAAGACCGUCUACAACAACAACUCCAGCCGCUUCGGAAAGUUCAUCCAGCUGCACUUCAGCCAGAAGGGAAACAUCCAGGGAGGUCGGAUCGUCGACUACCUUUUAGAAAAGAACCGUGUGGUCCGACAGAACCCAGGAGAAAGAAACUACCACAUCUUCUAUGCUCUGCUAGCAGGAGCUAACAGUGAGCAGCGAGAAGCGUUCCGGUUGACACAGGCCGACAGUUACCACUACCUGAGGCAGUCGCACCGCGUCAGUGACGAGACAAUCAACGACACAGGCACUUUUCAGGACGUUCUUAAUGCAAUGAGAACGAUGCAGUUCUCAGAGGAGAACAUCAUGGAGAUCCUGAAACUUCUGUCAGGAAUCCUUCACACGGGGAACAUUGAGUUCAUGACAGCAGGGGGCGCUCAGGUGUCCUCCAAGUCAGCUCUGGGCUGGACGGCCGACCUGCUGGGCCUCAACUCGGACCAGUUGGCUGAGGUUCUGACCCACAGAUCCAUGAUCCUGAGGGGAGAAGAGAUCUCCACACCACUCACCGUGGAGCAGGCGCUGGACUCCAGAGACUCCAUGUCCAUGGCUCUUUAUUCCCAGUGUUUUAACUGGAUCAUCAGGAAACUCAACGACCGGAUCAGAGGCCGAGAAGACUUCAGGUCCAUCAGCAUCCUGGACAUCUUUGGCUUUGAGAACUUUGAGGUCAACAGAUUUGAACAGUUCAACAUCAACUAUGCUAACGAGAAGCUGCAGGAAUACUUCAACAAACACAUCUUCUCCCUGGAGCAGCUGCAGUACAACAAAGAGGGUCUGGUCUGGGUGGACGUGGACUGGAUGGACAACGGAGAGUGUCUGGAUCUGAUAGAGAAGAAACUGGGUCUCCUGGCACUGAUGAAUGAGGAGAGCCACUUCCCUAAAGCCACAGACGACACGUUACUGGAGAAGCUGCACAGCCAACACUCGAAAAACCCCUUCUACAUCAAACCCCGUGUUGCGGUUCACUUCUUCGGUGUCAAACACUAUGCAGGAGAGGUGGUGUACGACGUGAGAGGAAUGUUGGAGAAAAAUAGAGACACUUUCAGAGAUGACAUCCUCAACCUGCUGAGAGAGAGCAGGUCUGACUUCGUCUACGAUCUGUUCGAACACGUGUUGAGUCGGAACAAACAGGACACGCUGAAGAUCGGUUCCAAGCACAGACGGCCCACGGUCAGCUCCCAGUUUAAGAAUUCUCUGCACUCGCUGAUGUCCACGCUGACGUUGUCCAAUCCCUUCUUUAUCCGCUGCAUCAAACCAAACACACACAAGGCACCUGAGCAGUUUGAACAAACCCUGGUCCUGAACCAACUCCGAUAUUCAGGAAUGCUGGAGACCGUCAAGAUACGACGCACAGGAUUCCCGGUCCGAAGAACGUUCCAGGACUUCUGUUCCCGGUACAAGGUUCUGAUGCGGGACGUGUCGACGGCAGAUGACUCCAGGGGGCGCAGUCUCCAGCUGCUGCACCACUACGACAGCACCGAGGCAGAGUGGCAGCUGGGAAAAAACAAGGUGAGGGACCAGGACCAGGAGUCACAGAGGGAGGUGGAGGAGCUGAGAGCGGCCAUGAUCAUCCAGGCCCACGUCCUGGGCUACGUGACCAGGAAGCAGUACAGGAAGCUGCAGCAGUGCAUUGUGGUCAUUCAGAAGAACUACCGGGCGUUCUACUGGAGGAGGAGGUUCCUGCUCCUCCGCUGGGCCGCGCUCACCUUCCAGAAACGUCUGCGAGGUCGGCUGGCCCCCCCCCCCCCCCCCCCCCAGCGGCGGAGGAGGGAGGAGGAGGAGGAGGAGGAGGAGGAGAGGCGGCGGCGGCGGCGGCGGCUGGAGGCAGACAGACUGAGGGAGGCCGACGAAGCCAGGAGACGGGAGGAGCUGAGCCCUGCAGAGGAGGAGGAGGAGGAGGAGGAGGAGGAGGAGGAGCCUUCCUCAGUGUGGAGUCAAACAGCUGAGGAGGCGCCAACAUCAGCCGACCUUCUGGAGGAGGAGGAGGAGGAGGCCAUUCGUCCGAGUGAAGCGUCUCAGGUGGAGGAGAUCCUUCGACUGGAGCGGGAGAUCCAGUCUCUCCAGAGACAGAAGGAGCGGCAGGAGCUGUCCCUGACGGAGGCUUCCCUCCAGCGGCUGCAGCUGCUCCGUGACCAGGAGCUGCAGCGGCUGGAGGACGAGGCCUGCAGGGCGGCCCAGCAGUUCCUGGACUCGCUGAACUUUGAUGAAAUCGACGAGUGCGUCAGGAACAUCGAGUGCUCGUUGGGAAUCAGCGAAGGCGCCGGGAGGCAGAAGGACGUCCGACGGAGGCGAGGCGCCAACGAGGAGGAGGUGGACGAAGGGUUUGGAGCCGACGAUGACGCCUUCAAGGACUCCCCCAACCCCAGUGAGCACGGGCAUUCAGACGGACAGCGCACCAGCGGCAUCAGAACGAGCGACGACUCGUCUGAGGAAGACCCCUACGCCAACGACGGCGUGCUGCCGCCGACCGCCCCGCCGCUCCAGACUCCGCCCCCUCCGUCAGGGGCCCCGCCCUGUCACGUCAUGUCCUCCAGCGGGGACCCGACCCACUGCCGCCCCGCGGGAUCGCCUGAGGCUCGGACCGAGCCGGUGGAGCUCAUUCCACCGGACGAGGACUCGGACUACGAUCAGGACGACUACGACGAGGGCGCCGUGGCGUCCAGCGGCAGCGUGGCGUUCUCCGACCCCCGCAGCGAGCAGUGGUCAGCCGACUACCGCGGCUCCGUCGGCACCUACUGCAGCUCGGGCCGUUUCCGGCUCGGUUCGGAGGGAGUCCAGUCGUCGUUCGAGGACAGCGAGGACGACCUGGAGCGGUUGGACACCGAUGACGAGCUGUCGUGCCGUCGGGACUCUGUGUACAGCUGCGUGACUCUGCCCUACUUCCACAGCUUCCUGCACAUCAAAGGCGGUUUGAUGAACACGUGGAAGCGGCGUUGGUGUGUUCUAAAAGACGAGACCUUCCUGUGGUUCCGGUCCAAACAAGAAGCUCUGAAGCAGGGUUGGCUGCACAAAAAGGGCGGCGGCUCGUCCACGCUGUCGCGCCGCAACUGGAAACGCCGCUGGUUCGUGCUGCGGCAGAGCCGCCUGAUGUACUUCGAGAACGACAGUGAAGAGAAGAUGAAGGGCGUGUUGGACGUGCACGACGCCAAAGAAAUCAUCGAUAACACGGGUAAAGAAAAUGGAAUAAACAUCGUGAUGCCAGAGAGGACGUACCACCUGAUCGCAGAGUCGGCCGAGGACGCCAGUCAGUGGUUCAGCGUUCUGAAUCAGGUCCAAGCCUCCACAGAGCAGGAGAUCAGGGAGAUGCACGAUGAACAGGCCAACCCCCAGAACGCCGUGGGAACGUUGGACGUCGGAAUGAUCGACUCGGUCUGUGCGUCGGACAAUCCAGAGAGACCCAACUCCUUCGUGAUGAUCACAGCCAACCGCGUGCUCCACUGUAACGCCGACACGCCGGAGGAGAUGCACCACUGGAUCACGCUGCUGCAGCGCUCCAAAGGAGACGCACGUGUGGACGGACAGGAGUUCAUCGUCAGAGGCUGGUUGCACAAGGAGAUGAGGAACAGCAGCAGAACCUCCUUGAAGCUUAAGAAACGCUGGUUCCUGCUUACCCACAAUUCCCUGGACUACUACAAGAGCUCAGAGCGCCACGCGCUGAAGCUGGGAACGCUAGUGCUGAACAGUCUGUGCUCCGUGGUCCCGCCGGACGACCGGGUCUUCAAGGAGACAGGCUACUGGAACGUGACGGUGUUCGGCCGGAGACACUCGUAUCGUCUGUACUGUAAGCUGCUGACGGAGGCCACGCGCUGGGCUACGUCUGUCCAGAACGUCAUCGACUCUAAGGCUCCCAUCGACACGCCCACGCAGCAGCUCCUCCAGGACAUCAGGGAGAACUGUCUGAACUCAGAGGUGGUGGAGCAGAUCUACAGGAGGAACCCCAUCCUGCGCUUCAGCCACCACCCGCUGCACACACCCCUGCUGCCGCUGCCCUACGGGGACAUCCACCUGAGCACUUCCCGUCAGAGGAGCUACACCACGCUGCAGGACGAGGCCCUGCGGGUCUUCAGCUCUCUGCAGCACCUGGAGGGCGUGGCCGACCCGGUGCCGAUCAUCCAGGGCCUCCUGCAGACGGGUCUGGAGCUGAAGCAGCUCAGGGACGAGCUCUACUGCCAGCUGGUCAAACAGACCUGCAGAGCGCCCCAGCCUGGAGGUCCUGGGAAUCUGUGCAGCUGGAGGAUCCUGACCUGCAUGUCCUGCACCUUCACCCCCACCAGGGGCAUCCUGCGAUACCUCAGGUUCCACCUGAAGAGGACUCGGGAGCUGUUCCCUGGCUCGGAGAUGGAGCGUUACGCCUCCUUCUGCCUGGAGUCCCUUCGAAGAACGCGGGUGAGGGAGUACGUCCCGUCGCAGGAGGAGAUCCGUGCCAUCGUGGCCAGACAGGAAAUGAACACCACCGUCCACUGCCAUGGGGGGGGCUCCUGCAAGAUCACAAUCGACUCACACACCACUGCUGGAGAGGUGGUGGAGAAGCUGAUCCGAGGUCUGGCCAUGGAGAACAGCAGGAACAUGUUCGCUCUGUUCGAACACAACCAGGCGGUGGAGAAGGCCAUCGAGAGUCGGAGCGUGGUGGCAGACGUCCUCGCCAAGUUUGAGAAACUCUCAGCCGGUCAGGACCAGAACAACACCGGCUGGAAGUUCUACUUCAAGCUCUACUGCUUCCUGGACACGGACAACGUUCCCAGAGACAGUGUGGAGUUUGCCUUCAUGUUUGAACAGGCUCAUGAAGCCGUUAUCCGGGGUCAGUAUCCGGCCCCCGAGGAGACCCUCCAGUUCCUGGCCGCCGUCCGGCUCCAGUACCUCCUGGGCGACUACAGCAGCCAGACCAGCGUUCCGGAAAUCUCCCAGGUCUUCUCCAUGGCGCGGCUGCGCGCCCGUGUUCAGAACUCGGCCAAGACAUUCGCUCCGGGCGGCUCUGCCGCGGAUCGCUCCGGAACGUCUGAGAGGAAACGCUCCAGUUUCCUGGAGGGAACGCUGCGGCGGAGCUUCAGGAGCGGCUCGCUGAGCCGGCAGAGGCUGGAGGAGGAGAACAGUCUGGAGGCGUGGCUGCGGGAGGAGGCGGCGGCCGUGCGGGCCAGCGUGGUGGACAAGUGGAGGAAGCUGCAGGGCAUGGUCCAGGAGCAGGCCAUGGUCAAGUACAUGAGCGUGGUCAAGGAGUGGCAGGGAUACGGAUCCACCCUCUUCAACGUGGAGUGUCACGACGGCCCGUUUCCCCCCGAGCUGUGGUUGGGCGUCAGCCGCGAGGCCGUGUCUCUGUACAAACGAGGUGAACUCUGGCCUCUGGAGGUUUUUCCCUACGAACAGAUCCUGUCGUUUGGAGCGCCGCUGCCCAACGCCUACAAGAUCAGUGUGGAGGGGCGGGAGCUGAUGUUUGAGACUCACAUGGUGAUGGAUAUCGCUAAGCUGAUGAAGGCCUACAUUAGCAUGAUCGUCAAGAAGCGCUACAGCAACUGUCAGUCCAUCAGUAGCCACAGCAGCCAGUGCAGCAACUGGUGACACCCCCUGGUGACUCCCCCUGGUGGCACCCCCUGGUGACACCCAUUUGUUCAGGGACAUGUUAAACCACUUUAUUAAGAAAAAUAGUCGCCCUGCAAAUUAGACGAAAUGUAACGUAAAGUUAGCAGAAAAAAGUUUGGCCAAAAGAUCGGUUAAAAAAGCUGAAGAUUGAACAAAUUAUUACCAAAAGAUAAAGACGAGCCAAAAACACAGUCAAGAAUGAAGAGGAAACCAGUCGGUCAUUAUCAUAGAAUUAGCUAACAAGUAGUUAAGCAGCUAGCUGUGAUUGGCCGCGACUUCAGUAACAACUGGUCAAACAAAUGGAGGAAAAGUUUGAUAAAAAGAAGCUAAAAAUCAAUUAGCACCAAAUGUUAUCUACAAAUAUGGACAAUAUUUAGUUUUUUAGUUACCGAUACCUUACAGCUACAGGUUAGCUACGGACGACUAGGUCAGUAUAGGUAACAAGGUUAGGAUUAGCUGUAGCAGUAGCUAAAUAAAUGUCCACAUGUAAACCAAAAAAUCAUGGUUUAGCCAAAGAAUAAAUAAAUAAAGACUAACUAACUAGUGAACUAGUACAUUUUAUUUAACCAGAAACAGUUAGCACGAAAAGCUACAGCUAGUCACACGCUAAUAGGAAAUUUAGUUUUCUAACAUAAACAAAAAUCUUACAUUCAUGCAAAAAACAGUUAAUAGUUAAUAAUAAGCACAUUCUUAAUUAAAAAGUAGCUUAAAGUUGGUGAAGAAAUAGCUCAUGUUAGCUAAGUAUAGCAUUAGCGUUAUCUAAUUUUCUGAUACUUUGUGUUUUUGUUAAACCUUUUGCAUCUUUUAAAUUUUUUUUGUUUUAUCUUUAGAUCAUGAAGAUAAUUCAAAUGGGGUUUUACAGGGCUAACUUUUAGCUCUUCUCUAGCUAAAUUAGCUAUUUGAGAGCUAGUUUUUUUCACAUUUUGUGGGACGUGGUGGAUUUUCACUCAGCUAAUUCCAACUUUACUUUAAGCAAACAACCAGAUAUUUUUAGGUUAUUUUAGCUAUUUUGUGCUAACCUUUAGUUUACCUUUGGCUAAUUUUGCUCUUCGUUCUUUCAUUACAAAAUUGUUGCCCUUUGUUUUUUUCUGCAGCUGAGUCGUCGCUCCACAACGUAGAAAGCAACGUAGAAAAAUCAUUAGCUAACAGGUGUCGUUAUUAGCCUUAGCUACGUUACGCUCUCAGGUUUUCACUGCGGAGGUCAAAGGACAACAUUCACACACACACACAAAUCUGGGCGCCCCCUGCUGGUCCACUGUAGAUUACAAUUUUAUAAACCACUCUUCCACACCAUGUGGAGUCUUUUGAUGUCAUUAACUGACUCUGACACAGGGGGCGCUGUGCCCUGAACAUGUGUCAGUACUAAGAAAAAAGUUCUCAAGUACCAAGGCUCCCCCUCGUCCCCCCCGCCACCCCUCCCACCCCCAAACUGGGCCUUUGCAGUGCGACAUUCCUGGGACAUUUCAGUGGAGCGCCGCUGGCGGCAGCUCCGCCUGAAGAUGCUGCAAAAAACUUUGAUUCCACGGUGCCUUGGUGUGAAUGACGUCCAGUCGUGUUCACGUGUGCUUUCUUUUUUAUGCUAUAAAGUGCAAUGUUUGAUGUCUAUAAUAUCUAUAAUUAUAAAUCUAUGGACAUAGUUAUACUGUACAGUUUGUCCCGUCAGACUGUGGCCUUGUUUUCUUGUUUUUGUUUUGAUUUUCUGGAUCUUGACCAAACAGGGAUUUUAUACGUAUGAAAAUGUGGGUUUUGACCUUUUAUUAUGAAACGUGUAUUUGUUUUGAUAAAGAAGGAUUCUUAUAAUAAAUGCUUUUAUAUUUAAAAGUGUUGAAUCCAUUCACGUUGUUCCGGCACCGAUUUUCACUUUUAAAAUGAAGCUGCCAUCUAGCUGAGUCCCUGCCCUGUCCUGUAGGUGGUGCUUUGUACACAUUUGAAGUCAGUUUCCAUGAUUUACUUCAUUAUUUAUAUAACGAAUCCUGUAAACUGUGUCGAACUUUACUGAGUGUUCACUGGAUAUAAGAAAUGAACACCAUUAAAGACUUGGUCUGAACUAAAA